AUGCGAGCCACCAGACACCUGUGCGCCCUUUUGGUGGCGGUGACGGUCGAGGUCUUGGCGGCCCAUGAAUCGCGCAUCAUAGGACUUGAUGACCCAUCAGGUGAUGAUCUUCCCGACCCCUGGACCAGCCAACCGUCUAGAAAGAAGAAACGGAAGGAUGACCGGACUAUGGAAGCUGUGCUGCGGCAGAUGUGGGGAUCAGCCAAGUGGCCACCCAACGAGAAAGGGCCGAACCCACCGGACAACAGCACCGAAUCACUGGCAGGCAUGCGCUUUGGAGCCAUGUUGGUUACCUUUGUGAUUUGCUUUGCGGUUGGCUUCACUGUGGCAAUGCGCACUGCAGCGCGGGACUAUCGGUCGUCUAAGCUUCCAUUGCAUUUCCAGGCACUCGUGGCGGCCAUUUUUUGGCGUCACACCCACCGACGCGCAAUCUUCAUGCAUAUGAUCCGGGUAGCCAUACCCGUGCUGAUUUUAGUUGGCAUCAGCAGGAUGCAGUCGUUUCUCAUUAGGCAAGUUGGCCGUGAUGACUCGCAGACUUUCUUGGAAAUGACUGGCCUGUCACCCAAGCAUGUGGUAGAUGGAAUUGUGGCAUACUGCUUAACUUUGGCGAUGGUCUAUGUGGCCAUGGUCUCUAUGCUUUUUUUUGUUUGGCAUGUGGCUGCAGAGAAGCAAUCCGGCUUUCGGCACCUUUUGCAUGUCAGCGGCUUGUCGCGUUCAGCGCAACCUGGCGGCAAGACUGACCGCUGCUUUGGAACGAUAUUCAAUGGGUUGGAGUCGAAGAUGCGGGAAGAAAUUGGUCUUUUUGCUUUUGUCUCACCGUGUGCCAUGCUUUUGCGCUGUGCUCGGCCCGUAGCUGUUUGCUCAAAGCAGCAAAACAGAGGGUGA